AUGCUUGACAUACCUUCGACCUCCGUCCCAACCCAAAAUCGGCCGAGCACAGACGUCAGCACCGACAUUGCCUGUGAAAGCCCCCAACUCGACCCUCUCUUCAUCGCCAGCAUGUCCUCUUCAGUUCAUUCUCCGCCCUCCUCUAUCCCACUUAACGUCGUGGGCACGAUGGCCUCUCGAGAUGGAACUCUCUUUAUGUACGCCAGCACCGGCCAAGCGCCCGCCAACGCCUCCGCUGGGAUUCCUUCAUUCUGGUGUGACUUCGGUGCCAAAACGAAAGCUUUUUUCUCGCGUAGCUGGUCGGAUUUCGCUCGCAAACUGAGAGCUCUCAAGGCGAAAAUUCCGAAGACGACUGUCUUUAUCCCUGGAUUUUUUGCUGCCACCUAG